GACGAGCUCAACGACUUCUGAGUUCUACUACUUCUGACCAAUAGGCGCAUCGAAUCGAGACCAUCCGAUCCAAUCUCAUCCACGCACACAACUCAAGUAAACGAGAAACCAAAGAUCAAAAUAAAAAAAAAAUCCCCACGGGCUCUUGUGUUGUGUUGUGUCUCGAGUCGAGGUCUCGCCUGAGUCGCCUCUCCCUCCCGAGUCUCCUCUCCUCUCCUUCUCCUCUCCUCUCUCGUGCUCUCGCAAAACCCUAGCCCACCUCCCCCUCCACCCACAUGCACCGCGGCGGCGACCGCUCCACCGACCCCUCCUCCGGCCCCGCGCCCGGUUCUCGCGGCGGCGGGGACGGCCGAUUCGGCCGCGGCCCUUCUCGCUGGUCGUCCGGCGGUGGCGGCGGCGGUAGCGGCAGCCCACCCCACCGCUUCUCCCGUGGUGGGGGUGGGGGCGGCGGCGACGGUGGCGGAGGCGGAGGUGGAGGCGGGAGGUUCCACCCGUACCGUGGCCCGUCGGACCACUCCGGCGGCGGAGGCUACAGAAGCGGCGGCGGCGGCGAGUACGGGGAGCCGGGUAGCGGGCCGAGACACCGCUACGGCAGUGGCCGUGGUGACCACUCAGAUCAUGAUAACAGAAACAACUAUGUUAAACUUUUUAUUGGGUCAGUUCCAAGGACAGCGACUGAGGAUGAUGUACGUCCUUUAUUUGAGGAGCAUGGAGAUGUUGUUGAAGUUGCUUUGAUCAAGGAUAGGAAGACUGGUGAACAGCAAGGUUGUUGUUUUGUUAAAUAUGCUACUUCUGAAGAGGCUGAGCGAGCCAUCAGAGCUCUUCACAACCAGUACACUUUACCUGGGGCAAUGGGCCCUAUUCAAGUCAGAUAUGCUGAUGGUGAAAGGGAACGCCAUGGGGCUAUUGAGCACAAGCUGUUUGUCGCAUCACUCAAUAAGCAAGCUACUGCGAAGGAGAUUGAAGAGAUUUUUGCGCCGUAUGGUCAUGUGGAAGAUGUCUACAUUAUGAAAGAUGGCAUGAGGCAGAGCCGAGGUUGUGGCUUUGUCAAAUUCUCAUCACGAGAACCGGCGCUGGCAGCCAUGAGUGCUCUGAGUGGGAAUUAUGUAAUGAGGGGGUGCGAGCAACCAUUAAUAAUUCGGUUCGCUGAUCCUAAGAGACCUAGACCUGGAGAAUCAAGGGGUGGUCCUGCAUUUGGAGGUCCUGGUUUCAGUCCACGAUCUGAUGCAGCUCUUGUUAUCAGGCCGACCGCCAACCUUGAUGAACCAAGGGGUCGGCAUAUGCCUCCUGACUCUUGGCAUCCAUCAAGCCCAAGGUCAGCACCUCAUCAGUUUAAUAACUUUGGAUCUGACAAUCCUAUGGCUCCGAAAGGGAGUACUGUUACAUCAACAACAGAUACGGCCACUUUUCGACCUCAGAUGUUCAGCGGAAAUGGCUCUUUGUCAAGCCAAACAGCUGUGCCAAGUUCGUCACAUAUGGGCAUGAACCCUCCUCCCAUGGCACAAGGCCAUCAUCUGGGAGGCCAGCAGAUCCCACCUUUGCAAAAGCUACCAGGGUUGCCUCAGAAUUUCCCUGUUCAAUUGCAGAAUAAUCAGCUGGGACAACCCUUGCAGGGUCCUGCUCAACAGAUUGGUCAGCUUCAAGUUCCACAAUCUAUGGGUCCUGGUUCUUUUGGCCAGAAUAGGUUAUCUGGUCAGCUUCCUGUGUCACAGCCGUUGAUGCAACAAAAUGCUUCCGUCAGCGCUGUGCAGGUGCCUUCAGCCGUGUCCAAUUCCAUGCAAGCUAUUCCCGGGCAACAGCAUCUUCCCUCAAAUGUUGCACCACAAAUGCUUCAGCAGCCAGUGCAGCAGAUGCCAUCGCAAGCACCACAAUUGCUACUCCAACAGCAAGCUGCUUUGCAAUCCAGUUAUCAAUCUUCACAGCAGGCAAUUUAUCAGCUUCAACAACAGCUGCAACUAAUGCAGCAGCAGCAGCAAUCGAAUCUAAACCAUCAACAACCCACACAGGGUCAGCCAGUGCAAUCUAGUAACCCUGGUGCCCCAAAUGCCAUUAUUCCAUCAAACAUUAAUACAAUUCCCCAGCAGGCUACUUCACCUGCAGUUCCUUUAACCUGCAAUUGGACUGAACAUACGUCUCCUGAAGGUUUUAAAUACUACUACAAUAGCAUAACUCGAGAGAGUAAGUGGGAUAAGCCUGAAGAGUAUGUGCUGUAUGAGCAACAGCAACAGCAGCAGCAACAGCAGAAACUACUUUUGCUUCAACAGCACCAACAAAAACUUGCCAUGCAGCAACUUCAGUCACCACCUCAGGCUCAGACACAUCCAGCAAUGCAACCUGUCCAACAAAUUCCUCAGGCACAACAAGGACAGCAACAAAUGCAGAUGAAACAGCAGGAAUUGAAUUAUACUCAGCUACAGACUCCUGGUGCUAUUGAUCCCAGUAGGAUACAACAGGGCAUCCAAUCUGCACAAGAACGUGCUUGGAAAAGUUGAGACUGAAGGUGAAUGAUAAAUUGGUAAGCUGUUACUCGGAAAUGAGCUCCACUCAACCUGCUGCCUCCAUCAAAUGCCUUGACGGUGCCUGAUGCCUGAGUGGUGGCCAAGCGGCCAUGCCGAUCGUUGUAACUCUGGAUAUAGCUUAGAUUGAUGUCUAAAAAGUUGUAGCUCCAAUCCGUGUAAAAUGUUUGCAGUCUAGGCCUUGUACCGCUGUAACAUUUCUGCUGAUUAGAAUGUUCGCUUUCCUUGCAUAGGCAACUGCCAGAGGUUCGUCGCUAGUAUGAUUUUGGGCAUUUCAUGACAUGUCCCCAGCAAUCAUCAUUUAGAUUGUUUCCUCCUUUGAAAGCUGUUUGCUCUCAAGACAUGCUAGAUAAGAAUAGAUUUGGCCGCGGCGGGAAUCA